UAAAGAUCGCUUCGGAAUAUACAAGUGAGGGAGAGACGGAAAGAUGGAGAAUCAACGAACGCAAAGCUUCGAGUUUCCAAGUAGAAAUCUGCUCUCGCCGGGAAGUGUCCGAUUCCGGCCGGAGGCAAUUAUUUUCAAGAGGUUGUUUCAAACUUCAGCCAUAUAAACUUGCCGUAUACUUAAACGAUUCCGGCGGCACUUCAGAUUUGGUCGGGUUUGAAUUUGAACUGUGAGGCUUGACUGAUGGUGCUGUUUCCGGGAGUUAUUGAAGGAAUGGUCAGAAACAUGUCGAUAAAGAAAAAGAGUAAUGAAGACGGCGAGAAAGAAGCGGCUCGAGAAAUGGCGAAAGAGGCGAAAAGGAACAAAUCCAUGAUUUGUUUAUCCGGAAGUGUUAAAACCAGCAAGUUUGAUGAUAUGGCUUAUGUUUGCACGAAAAGAGGAAAUAAAGGAAUCAAUCAAGAUUCUCUUGUUGUCUGGGAGGACUAUGGUUGCCAAGGAGACGUAGUUUUCUGUGGGAUCUUUGAUGGACAUGGUCCUUGGGGCCACAUGAUUAGCAAACAGGUCAGAAAGUCUCUGCCUGUUGAAUUGCUGACCAAUUGGCAGCAAAACCUUUCCAUGGAAGCCGACCAAAACCUUUUUCCUUUCAACAUAUGGAAGCAAUCUUGCUUAAAAUCAUAUGCCGCCAUUGAUGAGGAGCUCAAGCAACACCCUCGCAUUGAUUCCUUUUACAGUGGCACAACUGCUUUAACUGUGGUUAAACAGGGCCGACAUCUUGUGGUUGCAAAUGCUGGCGAUUCACGAGCUGUGUUGGCGGUAACUUCUGAUGACGGCUGCUUGAAACCAGUUCAACUCUCCGUUGAUUUCAAACCUAAUUUGCCUGAGGAAGCUGAGAGAAUAAAACAAUCGAGAGGGCGAGUGGUAUGCUUAAAGGACGAGCCGGGGGUCUACAGAGUGUGGACUCCCAACUCGGGCACGCCAGGUUUGGCCAUUUCCAGAGCUUUCGGCGAUUACUGCACCAAGCAGUACGGCCUCAUUUCUGUGCCUGAUGUUAGCCACCGAACCAUUACCUCUGGAGAUCAGUUCGUCAUUGUGGCCACCGAUGGGGUAUGGGACGUCAUGUCGAAUCAAGAAGCAGUUCAUAUAGUUUCUUCAACGUCAAAUAGGGAAAUGUCGGCCAAAAAACUAGUGGACUGUGCUGCUCGUGCAUGGAAAUCAAAGAAACGAGGCAUUGCAAGAGACGACAUGUCGGCUAUUUGCCUCUUUUUUAAUGCUUCCCCCACAAAAAAUGAUCUAGACGUAAAUAUAUAGGUAUAAUAUAAGACUCAUUUUCCUUGUGUGUGGAUUAAAUAUUCUCUUCAUAGCCUUUUGGACACUAUAAGGAUAGGAAUAUUUAUCAUAUAAGGUCUUAAAAGUUUA